AUGUCCCCCGCCUUUCGAAAGCCCAUAGCUUAUACAAUUCUCACCGUUUUCAUCCUAUUUUUCGUUGUUUCUGGAUUCAAUUCACAUAUACCAACUACCUUGUCGAAUUUCAAGGCCAGCGGAUUACCAGAUUUCAGCAAAUAUGUCGACCUGGUGAAUCUCUCGCGAGAGGAAUUUCCAAUCGAAGACGAAGGGAAGCGAGUCAUUCUUGUUGGGGAUAUACACGGUCGAUAUGACGAUUUACAGCGACUGCUGCAGAAAGUAUCGUAUAAUCCAGCUUCGGACGUCAUCCUCAGCGUGGGAGACACCGUUGCAAAGGGGUCACACAAUGGAUCUAUGCAAGUUUUACGCUUCUUGACUUCCAACAACAUAACCGCCGUUCGCGGAAACCAUGAUCAGAAAGUCAUCGAGUGGCGGACAUGGCAACAAUGGAUCCACUCCAUGGACGGAGGAGAACGAUGGCUUCAAUCUACGAAGGCAAAAUGGCUCGCGCAUAAAGGCCGGGAGGAUAGGGACAUCCACGAAUGGAUAUCACAACAAGCAAAGUACGAUAAGUCCAACCGAAAAUGGUGGGAGAAGAUUCCUAAGGGUUGGAAACUUUUCGGAGACCACUACGAAAUUGCUUCAGAAAUGUCAGACGAGGAGUACCGAUAUAUGGUUUCACGACCGCUCAGAAUUCAUAUUCCGUCCGCCCACACAUUUGUUGUUCACGCUGGGAUUCUUUCCUCCAACCCCAAACGCGAUCCUUGGGAUAAGCGUCAACCACUGGCUACCCUUCCGACCCUCCCCAAAAUCUCCGAUUUUGAGAACGAAGCAUCGUUUGACCAGACUUCUGUAAUACGACGCCUACAAGAGCUUGCAAUCCUGCAAAAAGUUCCACAAAACCUCGACCCGUGGGUCACACUCAACAUGCGUGGUGUGAAGAAGGGAGGCGAUAUCACAAGGGGCCAAGGGGGCACACCGUGGGCAGAGCUUUACAGUGAGGAUAUGAACCGAUGCAGAGGUUUCUCUAGCGAAACCUCCGCUCAAAAGAAAACUUCUUUUCCUUGUCGACCUGCAUCUGUGAUUUAUGGCCAUGCAGCUGCACGAGGUUUAGAUAUUAAACGUUGGACACUUGGAAUAGACAGCGGCUGCGUGUACAAGCGUCGUCUGACCGCACUUGUUCUAGGCGGUAAAUACGCAUCCAAUAGCUUCGAUGACGACGAGGACAGUGAGGACGAAGAUGAAGAGGGCGUCUUUGACGUAGAAGGGAAUAGAGUCAAGUCCACAGUCAAAUUUGGAGAUGACGGAAAGGGAAAGCUGUUUAGUGUUUCGUGUCAUUGA